UCAAACAUUAGAUUCACACGUGGAAAAUUUGUAAACAAGAAACAGACACUGCAACAGAAGGAGGGCCAGGAAAAUGGUCAUGCAAAGAAUAGUAAAACCUAAGACACAGAAAGGAAGAAGAUUUUUAGAGAACAGAGAUGGCAAAAUUACAGAAAACACCAAAUCAACCAUGUUUAUCAAAGGUGGAAAUACCAGCAUUACUGUGUCACAGAUACUAAAGGAACUAUACAUGUUGAAGAAACCUCACGCAGUGAUGUAUAAAAGAAAAAAUAUAUUACGACCAUUUGAAGAUGAAACACCACUGGAAUUUUUCUCGAAGAAAUCUGACGCAUCACUAUUUAUGUUUGGCUGCCAUUCAAAGAAAAGACCUGACAACUUAGUAUUAGGAAGAUUAUUUGACUUCCAUGUGUUAGAUAUGAUAGAGUUGGGUGUGGAUAAAUUUACGCCUAUGGCUGAAAUAGAGGGUCCUAAGUGUUCUCAUGGAACCAAGCCUUGUUUGAUAUUUACAGGAGAAGUAUUUGAACAGGAUAAAGAACAUAAAAGACUGAAAAACCUCUUUAUAGAUUUUUUCCGAGGACCUUCAGUAAAGAAUAUAAGAUUAGCUGGUGUUGAACAUGUUAUCAGUGUUACAGCUAUAAAAGACAAGAUUCUUCUCAGAAAUUACAAGAUAAUGUUGAAAAAGUCUGGCAGCAGAACACCAAGAAUAGAGCUGGCAGAGAUGGGUCCUUCUUUAGACUUAGUAAUGAGGAGAACCAAAAUAGCCUCCGAUGAUUUAUAUAAACAAGCCCUGAAAGUACCUAGAGAGGCCAAGCCAAGAAAGAAAAAGAAUAUUUCCCAGGAUGCCUUUGGAAGUAAACUAGGAAGAAUUCAUAUGACGAAACAGGAUUUGGGUAAAUUACAGACAAGAAAAAUGAAAGGAUUGAAAAAGAGACAAUCAACAGACUCUGCAGAGACCCCUGAAACAACAGACUCUGCUGAGAUCCCUAGUAGCCCUAAGAAAAUAAAACAAACAUAAACUCUCA